UUUCAUGUGAAAAUUUAAAAACAUUUUUUCUACACAAGUGACUACAGAAGGAGUGUGAAAAAUUUUCUCAGAUUGUAUGGUACACGAUGAUGGAGUAGGGACACGUUUGUGAAGGAGGCAAAAAUAAAAAGGACAUAUAUAGUGGAAAAAUCAGGAAGAAAACGGAGUGUUGAAAAAUCUUCACCUAAAAUCGCAAGUCUUGCUUGGAAAAUUUUUCUCAUUCAACACUCUAUUUUUUAUUCCUUAGUAUCAUCCAUCCCAUCAUCCCAAGAGCUGAAAUUGUGAAUAAAUAUUGUGGGUGCACAAGAGGAGGAAAAGGAUAUUCACAUUGGAAUUAACACAGAGAGAGAGAUAGAAGACAGUGAAUAAAAAAAAAGAUAUAUGAGAGUGAAGUGCACAUAAAAAGGGAGUGGAAUGAUGAUGGGAAAAGAGGAUAAAUUCCUAACAUAUCAAUGAAGGCUGGCAUGAUAUACAGUGACUGGGAGGAAAAUAAAAAAAAAUAAUAUAACAUGCAUAUAUAGUCAUGAAGGUGUAUUGAUAGUGAAUUGCAGAUAAAAAAAAAAGAGAGAGAGAAGAAUUGUGGAGAAGUGAUAUAAAUUGAAAAUAGUCCAAUUCAUUGGUGCAUCAAUAAUUUUCAAUUUUGGAAAUGACCUAAACAAGACUUUUGCAAUAGUCUGCAAAUAUUCGUUUUGGGGGAAAGUUUUGUGCAUUUUGGAAGUGAGUGAGGUAGUGCAUCUCGUAUUUUCGUAUAACAAACCGCCAAAAUAGCACCGACUGAGCAAAAUAUAUCGGUGUUUUUCGCAUAGAGAAUAUCAAAUGUGAAUGAUUUGUUGUUUUGUGUGGUGUUGUUAGUGUGCAAAAGAGUAGGAAGGAAGUUUCGGGGGCUUGGUUUGGUGCAAAAUGGUGCUAUCAUCGGCAUUGUAUAUUUUGCCACUCUUCACUGUAUCCAUUUUGGCGGCAAACAUUAGUGAUAGUUUCAAUAGCUACAACAGCAAUUUAGACGUAGAUUCUGCAAGUGAUUCAGCUAACAUGAGAAAGGAUGCUAAACCACAAAUGUCUCGUGUGGUGCACACCAAGUAUGGUUCAGUGUCUGGGGUAUUGGUGAAUCUCGAAGGGAGACACCUGGACCCCGUAGAGGUCUUCAAGGGGAUACCCUAUGCUUCACCACCAGUUGGAACACUCAGAUUUAUGCCGCCGGUCACCAGUGCCCUGUGGUCGGGGAUUAGAAAAGCGGAUAAAUUUGGUCCAGUAUGUCCACAGAGAUUGCCCGAUAUUAAAAAUGAAACAGCAGCUCUGGAGAGGAUGUCCAAGGGGCGACUGGAAUAUCUCAAGAGACUCUUUCAGCAUUUGCAAAAUCAAUCAGAGGAUUGUCUCUACCUGAACAUUUAUGCUCCAAUUCCGACAUCCAGCACAAAGUUGGGAGACAAGGGACCAAUGAAGUAUCCAGUGAUGGUUUUUGUUCAUGGUGAAUCUUAUGAAUGGAACAGUGGGAAUCCAUAUGAAGGGGCGGUACUGGCGAGUUUUGGCCAGAUACUUGUUGUCACGAUAAAUUAUCGUUUGGGAAUUUUGGGUUUUCUCAAUGCCAACACCAAUCGAUAUGUAAAAUCUCCGGCCAACUAUGGCUUGAUGGACAUCAUAGCCGCCCUCCAUUGGAUUCAGGAAAAUAUUUCAUCAUUUGGUGGGGAUCCCUCCAGUGUGACACUUGCUGGACAUGGAACGGGAGCUGCGUGUGUUCACUUUCUUAUAUCUUCCAGUGCUGUUCCUGAAGGUCUUCUGUUUCAUCGGGCGAUUCUGAUGUCAGGAUCAGGAUUGGCUCCGUGGUCACUUGUUGGUGAUCCAGCACGACAAGCUGCCAUUGUAUCGCAUCAUGUUAAGUGUUCCCCAGAUGUGCGCCAUGCUCUCCUCAUGAAAUGUUUGAGGGAAAAGCCACUUGAGGACUUACUUGCAACACCAGUUAGAUCAUCGUACUUCAGCAAUUCCUUCGGACCUACUGUCGAUGGUGUUGUUAUAGAUAGUGGAGAUUCAUCAUCGGGCGAAUCGGGUCAGGAAGACUACAAAGGUGACAAUUCACAGGUGAAAUUGACACAGCAUCCAAGGAACACCCUGUCCAUUAUAAAUUCUGUGCUCCUGCACAAACAAGCAAUCAGCAAAUUGACAAGAUAUGAUCUCAUGACGGGCGUAACAAGGGCCGAAUCAUACUUUUCAUUCAAUUCUGAGGAUGUUCAGUAUGGAAUUGAGGCUGACAGGAGGUCAAAAAUACUGAGGACAUAUGUUAAAAAUACCUACAGCUAUCAUCUCAAUGAGAUACUGGCAACAAUUGUGAAUGAAUAUACAGACUGGGAGCGUCCUGUGCAGCAUCCCAUAAAUAUCCGUGAUGAGACAAUGGAAGCAUUGAGUGAUGCUCAGAUUGUAGCACCAAUAUCCCAAACUGCCAAUAUCCAUUCGGCCGAUCAUCGAAAUUCCUUCCUCUAUGUCUUUGAAUAUCAAUCCAAAUUUGGGGAUUACCCACAAAGACAAGGUUGUAUCCAUGGUGAGGAUUUGCCAUAUGUCUUUGGUGCUCCACUUGUGGGUGGCUUCAGCCAUUUCACGAGGAAUUACACUAAAGCAGAAAUCGCACUCUCCGAAGCUGUCAUGCUCUACUGGACAAAUUUCAUAAGAACUGGAAAUCCCAAUGAACAGCAAGAUUUAUUUGAUGGCAAACAGGAGAAACUUCGAAUAAAGAACAUUGAGUGGUUCCCAUAUGAUACAGUUCACAAGAAAUUCCUCAAUUUAGAUUUGAAGCCAAAGCUGAAGAACCACUACCGUGCACAUCGACUGUCGUUCUGGCUCAAUUUAGUGCCUGACCUGCAUAAGCCGGGUAAUGGAAAUGUUCCACUGUCGCACCAUCAGCUGGAGGAUGAUGAUUGGGAUGCGGGAUUGGAGGCAGAAUCGACGAUAAAGCCUCUGAGUCCGCCGCAGGAGCGUGGCCCAAUGAAUUAUUCAAUAUAUACCACAAAAGUGUUCUCGCUGUUUAACCUGUCGGCGUCAUCUGCAACAAACGGUAAGAUGAUGAGGGCUAAGAGUGCUGUCGAGACCACAGAUGGCAUUGAAGAGGCACAGCAGGGAACAGCAGCACCGCAAGAGGACGGAUUCGCGGCCUACAGUACAGCUUUGAGUGUCACAAUUGCCAUCGGAUGCAGUCUACUGAUACUCAAUGUCCUCAUAUUUGCUGGAGUUUAUUACCAACGCGAUAAAACGCGAUCUCAGGACCUUCAGGCAGCUGGAAGUGGAGGCUACAAGAAGCGUUCGGAGAAUGGGAAAGUGCCCAAUAAUAUCUGUGGGGAUCUCGAUGGUACGACAAUUCACCUGAAGAGUGACCCAACAGCCAUUUUGACGCAUCAUCAUGUGAUGCAACAUCAACUUCCGCCACUGGACUGCAUCGAUGGCAGCCAGCGAGCUCCACCACCACCAAAAUAUCUCAAAUCCUUCCCGGAAAAUGCCAUGCUGGCGCCAAAUACGCUUCAGCUGCUGGGUAGGAAUCUCAAUGCGUGUGGUGUGGAUGCUACGGUGACGGUGACCAAGUCGAGCCUCAAGCAGACAAACAAUGAGACAAGUGCUCAGAAUGCAGUGGAUGAGCUGCGGGUGUGACGGCAAAUGAACUCAGAGACACUCCCACGUGUCAAGAAGUCCCUCCAACCUACCAUGUUUCAUCCCAUGUGCUGAAGGGGGCACCAGUGUAAGUGCAUGGGAUGAUAAAUUGGUUGCCGAUGGAGUGGACAACAGUUUUUUCUUUAAGCGAAUGAAUGAGCAACAUCCUGAAUAUAUUUAUGUGGUCCUGUGCAUACAAAUCAAAAGAAAAGCUAAAUUGGUGAGUCCCAAACAAUUUUUUUUUUAAAUUGUUUUUUCAGCUUCAUUCCCACGCAAUCACAAACACACACACGGCAAAAAGCUCCUUGGAGAAAGUCUCAAGAGGCCUAAAAGUUUACACACAGAAAUGUGAAUUUGCAAUCAAACAUUAUAUAUAUUUCGUGAAAA